AUGAGACUUAAAUUAAUUAUUCAUCAUCAGAAUAAUACAACUGAAAAUAUUCUACUAUUUAGCAAGCCUUAAUAGACAAUAGAAGAAUUAUGCAAUUAAUUAUCAAAGAGUUGUAAUUUAAAAAGUCCUUAAAUUUUGAUUUAAGGAUUUAGAGCUUUGAAUGAUUAGCUUAUAGAAAAUUUAGUAAUAAAUGGAGAAAUUAUCGAGUAAAAUUUUUUAAUAUAUUAUAGAGUUGUUGAAGGAAUUGGAUAACAAAAUAAAAUCAUAUAAAAAGAGAUAAAAGUAAGAUAGAAGCAAAUUAAUUAAGUAAAUAUAAAAUUAAUUUUAGUAAUAAAUUCAAGAAAAUAGCAGUGAAGAGGAAUAAGUACAAGUUUAAAAAAAACAACCAUAAAUUUAAAACUAAAACUAAAAAACAUCAUAAAUAAAAUCUAAUUUAAUUGCUAGACCUGGUUAAUUUUAACAAAAAUCUUAAUAAAUAAAUGAAUAGUAAGCAAAACCUAAUAUAUAAUCUAUUGUUUCAGAAUCAGAAUCAUCUUCUGAAGAUAAACCCAUUAAAAAAUCAUAACCAGUUAACAAAAUGUCAUUAAAAAUACAAUCACCAGAAGAAGAAAUAAAAAAUAAAUAAGAAGAAUGGAAAAAAACAUUUACUAAAGGUAUAUAAAAAUAAAAUGAGUAGUAAAAAUAAACUUAAUAGUAAAAAUAAACUGAAUAGUAAAAAUCUCAAUAACAAAAAUCAAUUAUAAAAUUUAAUACACUACAAAUUGAUAGAUAAUAAAUUCCUUUAGAUUAAAAUAAAGAAAAGUAAUAAACUUAAUAAAUUUCAACAAAAUCUAAUACACCUUUAAAUGAAUAUAUAAAAUUAUCUAUUAAAACCUUAAAAGAAGAUCCAACUUUAAUUGAAAAAAAUGAUGAAAUACUUUUUAAGUACAAUUAUCUAGACAUUGAAAAAUGUCAACCUACAGUGAGUACUUUAUUAUCUGGAAAAGUUGAAGAAAAUAUUUUAUCAGAAAAAUUAUUAAAAAUUUAGAUAAAAAGAAAUGAAAUCAUUUCUAUUUAUUAUAGUGAAUUUUCAGAAUUGUAAAUUAACAUUACAACAAUUUCAUCACAAACUAGAAAAGCGGCUAUAAAAGUAUUAUCUCAAGAUGCUGAUAAUACUUCAAAUCAAUAACAAUAAUAAAUAUAAAAUUAAUGUGAUAAUGAUACAAAUAAUAUCAAAUAAUAAUAAAAAGAAGUCAUUGAUCCAUUCGGUAUUGGUUAAUAAAUUAAUUAUUAUUACAGUGAUAAAAACUAUUCAAAAGAUAAUUUUAUUUUAUAACAUUCUGCUUCAGACCCAGAAAAAUGUAAUAUUUAUUAUUUAUAAUUUAGAUAUGCUAUGUAAAUUGUUAUUAAACUUUCCCAAAGUAAAAGCCACAAUUAAAAGUGAAGAAGAAUUAUUAGAUAUUAUUGAAUUAUUUCAAAGAAAAACUAAAUAAGAUUUAAUCAAUUUUGAGUUAAAAUAAAAUGAUUAGGGUACAUGGAUGAUUAGAAAGAAGAAUAUUGUUUGA